CGAAUCUCGAACACGGUGUCAGGGAGCAGGCGGCUCGUAUUCGCCACCGUGCUGCGGGUAGUUCGAGAUAACACGACUUCGACUACGGAUCCUACAUCGGAUCUAGGUGGGAUGCACCGUAUGGGGAGGGAACAAAAGUCCGAGCGCAUCUUUGAUAGUCGUCUGGCUAUAUCUGCAUGCUCAGUGUUAGUCAUGGGGAUAUGGCCAACAAUUUUGACAACUCUACCUCUAUCGUAAACAAAUGGCGGUACUGGUAGUGCCAUUUGCAUGUUUGUGAUCACAGCUGUGGGCAUGACUUUGUCGAACAUCUUCCUGGCUAAGAUGAGUUCAAUCGUACCUGCAGCUGACGGCCAGAUUCAAUUCGCUUCGGAGCCUGCGCCCAAUUUCUAUCAAAAGUUUAUCAGCUAUAUCGUGGGAUGGCACUAUGUUCUGGGCUGGCAAACUGGUACUGCGUCUAUGGCUUACCUUGCCAGCAGCCAAGUUGAGGGCCUGAUGGUCCUAAACCAUACCAGUCAUCAACCGGAACCAUGGCACAAUACCGUUUCUAUUGUAGGUAUCGUCUUCAUCGCCACCUUCUUCAACAUCUUAUUAGCUCACCGCCUGCCUUGGAUCGAAUGCUUCGUCUUUGUAGUUUUGUGCCUAUGCGGAUUCCUGGCUUUCAUCGUCACUAUGGCGAUCUGUGGACAUGGAAAGUUCAGCGACCCCAAAGACGUGUUCUUCGGUUUUCAGGACAAUUCAGGAUAG